GUUCCAUUGUUUGCAUCCAACGGUGCCUGUGCUAAUUAUUUUCACAGUGGCGAUUCUACGCCUGAAUCAACCGGGGUGAUUUUCUCGUUUCCCCACCAAACCUCAACCUCCCCUCCUCUCCCGUCUUGUUCUCCGCCUCCCGGCCAAACUAGCCAACCAAACCCCAAAACGAAACCAGCUCGCGGAAACCAACCAAACCAAUCCACCCAGUCAAACACUCCUCCGCCGCCCCCCGAUCGAUCCCCCACCGGGCCCAUGGCGUCGGAGAUCGAGGUGCUCGAGGACACCACCGCGGCCGCCUCCGUGCCGCCCCCCUCCCCCACCGCCGACGGCGAGGAGGAGGGGCCGGCCGCCGCGGACGACGACUCGCAGAAGAACGACGUGUACACGGCGGCGGCGUACGGCGAUCUGGAGAAGCUGCAGCGGCUGGUGGAGGGGGAGGGACGCCCGGUCACGGAGACUGACGGCCAGGGGUACUACGCGCUCCAGUGGGCCGCCCUCAACAACCGCGUCGCCGCCGCGCAGUACAUCCUCGAGCAUGGAGCAGAUGUAAAUGCUGUGGACCACACUGGGCAAACAGCACUUCACUGGAGUGCUGUACGUGGUCAUAUCCAAGUUGCUGAGCUACUUCUGAAAGAAGGAGCUAAGGUGGAUGUUGCUGAUUUAUAUGGCUAUCAGGCAACACAUGUUGCAGCACAGUAUGGUCAGACAGCAUUUAUUUACCAUAUUGUUGCGAAAUGGAAUGCUGAUCCAGAUGUCCCUGAUAAUGAUGGAAGAAGCCCACUGCAUUGGGCUGCUUACAAGGGAUUUGCCGAUUCUAUACGUCUCCUUUUGUAUUUGGAUGCUUAUAGGGGGCGGCAGGAUAAAGAAGGUUGUACCCCUUUACAUUGGGCUGCUAUUAGGGGGAACCUGGAGGCAUGCACUGUGCUAGUUCAGGCUGGCAAAAAGGAUGACUUGAUGGUGAAGGACAAAACUGGUUUAACUCCAGCACAGCUUGCUGCUGAUAAGAAUCAUCGGCAAGUUGCAUUUUUCCUCGACAAUGCUAAAAGGGUAUAUGAUAGAGGAUGUGAUGGGAAUACCAGUUUUGGAAAAUUAUCGAAAUUGGGGCUAGCUCCUGUACUUUGGUGUAUGAUUAUUGGCCUGCUUGCUACAUAUAUACACUCUGUUAUAUCAGGACAAUAUAUGAUGGAUAUGACAGCGCCUUUUGGGCUGUUUGCAUGGUCAGGAGUUUUCCUUGCAACUGCUGGCCUGGUCAUGUUCUAUAAAUGUAGCAGAAAAGAUCCUGGCUACAUCAAGGCGAAUAUAAGAGACUCACAAAAUCAAAGGGAUGAUGAACCUUUGCUGAAGUUGGAAUUGGACAAUCCUGCACUUCUGUCUGGUAACUGGUCACAGCUUUGUAUAACCUGCAAAAUUGUGAGACCUGUUCGUUCAAAACAUUGUUCUACAUGUGAUCGCUGUGUUGAGCAGUUUGACCAUCACUGUCCUUGGGUAUCUAAUUGCAUUGGCAAGAAGAACAAAUGGGAAUUCUUCAUGUUCAUCGCUCUAGAAGUUUUUGCAAUGAUCAUUACUGGUUGUGCUGCCAUUAUAAGGAUUGUAAGAGAUCCAGCUUCUCCAGCAUCCUUUGUUCCUUGGCUUAGUUAUUCUGCUUUUAACCAUCCUGGGGCACUUUCCUUUCUCAUAAUGGAUCUCUUCCUUUUCUUCGGUGUUGCAGUUCUAACAGUAGUCCAAGCAUCUCAGAUAGCUAAGAACAUUACAACAAAUGAGAUGGCAAAUUCCAUGAGAUACAGUUAUCUUAGAGGUCCAGGUGGAAGAUUCAGAAACCCAUUCGACCAUGGAGUGCGCAAGAACUGCUCAGAGUUCUUGAUAAAUGGAUACAAUGAGGACAUUGAACGGCUCGAUCAUACAUCACACGCUGACGAGGAAAUAGGAAUGAUUCAAAUGACAAGCACAGUCUCACAGAAUGGUGAGGGGCCGUCCCACCUUGGCAAUGGCACUGGCCAUGCCUGUGCCGAUUCACAUGCUAACUCAACAUCUCACAGUCCAAGUUCAUCGCAGUGUUGUGACCACAGUAAGAAGACUGAUAGAACACCGUUGGGCCUAGGGCCGGGCCUUGGACGAAACAGUGCUUCCCGGCAGUUUGUCCGGUCCCUUCUCCCAUUGUGAUUCGUCGCGUGCAGAUCAUGUGUGCUCGCUGUAGGUUGUAUGUAUUUGCUCGUAAGGCUCCGUUUAUUUAGCUGCUUGUGAUGUGUUGUACCACAUAGGUUCUGGCUAGCUUGCGUUAAUAUCGUUGGGGUGCUAGCUGUGUGAAAAUUCAGAUCUGUUAGAUCCAGGAAAUUUUUUUUUGUGGUGAAUACAUAGGAGAUGAAGGUAGCAAAGUGCUCAUGAAUAUCCGCUGAUCCAUAGUUCAAAUGGCAUGUAGCUCCAUAGUUCAGAGAGGGCAACAAUUUUGUGCAGGUGCAGCCGCAUGAAAUAUUUUCUGCAUUGCUGUGUCCGUUGGUGUCAAUAGUACUCAGCUGUAGUUGUAAACUAAGAGAAUUGUAAAUUUAUUAAUAGCAACUUCACUGUAGCAUAAGCUUUUUCUGUUUUUCAGUCUGCGUAGGAUAUUCAUACGGAUAAUGAGAAAGUUCUGUGCCUUAUGUCCA